CAUCCUCCAACUUCCUUCUCACGCUUCUGUCUUUCCUUUCAUUGAUCCCACCUUUCCCACUGCGCUUUCGAUUAUUAUUUUCAUUUUUUCUAUCUUUUUAUUUUUCUUUUACAUUUUUUGUGUCGUUUCGUUUGAGAAUUUGGAAUAUUCGGUUUUCUCAUGUCCCCUGUGUACUGUUUUCACGUUUUGUUUUUCAAAUUGUUAUGGUUCCGUGGGCGAAGUUUUGUGCCAAAUUUCAAUUGUUUUUGUUUUGGUAGUUUUGUAGUGAAACUGAAGCACUCAGCAGUUAUUACUUAUCCAUUUCCCUAAUCCUUUUCUCUGUGUUGUUGUGUUUUCAGAUAGUUGUUAACAGAGUAUUUUUAGGAACUUUCGACAUGUCAAGUGGAUCAGUGAGACGGGUUUCCCGUCAAGAUAUCCAGCUGGUGCAAAAUCUCAUAGAACGAUGUCUGCAACUAUAUAUGAGCCAGAAAGAAGUCGUGGAAACACUACUAGCUCAAGCAAAAAUAGAGCCUGGUUUCACCGAACUAGGUAGUGGAAAAACUGAACAAUGUGGAGCAGAACAAAGCGAGGUGGCUGUAGUCUUGGUUGGCUGGUGACAUGUUUGACAGAAAAGGACUGCGAAGUCUCAGGAAUGAUAGGAAACUAUGGAGAGCAGAGCAGAGGCAGCAGUGGGGGAUGGCCAAAAACUGUCACAGCUGUGUGCAUAGGUGACAGAAAGUAGAGGUCUCAGUUUCUGAUUCAAAGGAGGGGGCAGAAUCCUCAAUUAAUCCCCUAACAUGGUUCUAAACAACACUUUUUUCAUGGAUAAAAUAGUUUGGCAAAAGCUUGAAGAAGAAAAUGAAGAGUUCUUCAAGGCUUAUUAUGCGAGAUUGGUUUUGAAGCAGCAAAUAUUGCAAUUCAACAAAUUGCUCGACCAGCAAGUCCAAUUAAUGCAGUUACACUCAACUGCUGUUGCCUCACUACCUACAACUAAUGGGUCACAUAUCCCUGCAGUUUCAUCACUGCCUAACUCUAAUGGAUCACAUAUCCCUGCAAUGCCGGAGAAUGCAGCAUGCUACACUGCAGACCGAACCCAAACAAGUUUGAAGCCUGAAAAUAUGCAACAUUCUGUUGAUUCCAGACUAUCUAAUGUGUUUAAUAAUGGUGGGUCCUCACUACAUACAAAUAUGCAUGCUGCAGUUGAUAUGUCAGCUCAUGGCAAUAGGAUCAAUGGUCCCCCGAGCAUGCUUUCUGCUCAAAGUGCAAACAUGGGUCUGAUUCAAGGAAUCAAUGGUGGGAUGAUUAAAUCUGAGCCUGGAUAUUCUGGUUGUUCUCCUUACAUGUUUGGUACUGAUGGAAAUGUCCUGGAGCCACGCCCAGCUAUUGGUGGCAGUUCAGUUACGUCAUUCGCUAAUGUUGAGUCCAACUCACAUUCUUUGAACGACGCAGUCCUAGAUCCAGACACUUCUUCAUUUGGAUUUCUGGGGCAGAUUCCCAGAAAUUUUAGCCUUUCAGAUCUGACUGCCGAUUUUUCUCAGAGUUCUGGUUCUCAUUUGACAGAUAUACUGGAGACCUAUUCUAGGUCACCCUUCCUAGCUACGGAUAAUGAAAACUUCCUCGACAGAGGAGAACAAGACAAUAAUAGGCUAGACUCCAUAUCAGAAGGUUUAAGUUAUGAGGACUUUGGAAGUGAAUAGUUGAUACCAUUUGGUUGUCGAACUUUCAGGUUGAACAAAAUGCUUAAAAUAUUGUACAUAAAACUUUAGAGGUUUUGAAAUUUAACUGUUGGAUGAACAUAUGCAAUUGGUGUGUAGAAAGUGCACUCACCUCAUUAUUGGUGAUGGUGAAAUGAAAGUUGGAUGCUUGCAUGGAAGGGAAAGACUCGGUGCAAAUAAAUAAUAAUCUUUUUUCCCCUUGUGUGUUUGGCCUUUUGUACUAUAUGCUUAUUCUACAUUGUGUUGAUACUAGAAUUAUAUUGUGUUUUGUUGAUUUUCCUGAUAUAAGACUGCAUAAAAUUGUUUUCUAAGAAAAGUAGUAAACAUUAUACUUGACUUGAUUGACUCUCCAAUACUAUGUAGUCGAGGGAAGCUCAAAUUUUAACCAGGACUUUGUUGUGAA